GAUGAAUUCCUCUAUUUUUAGUCGACAGUAUGUAAAAAGAUAAUGGAACAGCUGGGUCAAGCUGAUAUGGAGCAAGCGCAACGGCAGGUGGUUACAAUCAGCCAAGAUAGCUUUUACCGCGAAUUAACAGCAGCGGAAAAAAUAAAAGCGCAAAAGGGCCUCUUCAAUUUCGAUCACCCGGAUGCGUUCAAUGAAAAUUUGAUGUAUGACUCAUUGCAGGAUAUAUUAAAGGGCAAAAUUGUUAAAGUGCCAUGCUAUGAUUAUCGCUCAAAUUCGCUUGAUCAUGAAAAUAUGCUAACUAUCUAUCCGGCUGAUGUGGUGCUUUUUGAAGGCAUACUCGUUUUCUAUUUUCCCAAAAUACGUGAUCUCU